GGCAAAAUUUCUCGCUGGCUAGCUUUCUUUUCCCUCCCGCACUUUGGUGGGGAGGGGGUGGAUCCUCGAGACAGUGAUCAAGUUCAUGAUGACCCGAGAGAACCCAAGGGAGUUGUCGCCUCAGCCAUUUCCCCCACCGCCUCAGCUUGCUGGCUUCGGAGGGGAAGGAGUACGGAGGCCGUAACUGCGACGCAAACAUCGAAUCAGAUGCAAACAGAUUCAUUAUCUCCAUCCCCUAAUCCUGUGUCACCUGUGCCUUUGAAUAACCCAACAAGUGCCCCAAGAUAUGGAACAGUGGUCCCUAAUCGCAUCUUUGUGGGAGGAAUCGACCUUAAGACAAAUGAAAAUGAUUUAAGAAAAUUUUUUUCCCAGUAUGGGUCUGUAAAAGAAGUGAAGAUUGUAAAUGACAGAGCUGGAGUGCCCAAAGGGUAUGGCUUUGUCACUUUUGAAGCACAAGAAGAUGCACAAAAAAUUUUACAAGAGGCUGAAAAACUUAAUUACAAGGACAAGAAACUGAACAUUGGUCCAGCAAUAAGAAAACAACAAGUAGGGAUCCCUCGUUCCAGUGUAAUGCCAGCUGCUGGAACAAUGUAUCUAACAACUUCAACUGGAUAUCCUUACACUUAUCAUAAUGGUGUUGCUUAUUUUCAUACUCCAGAGGUAACUUCUGUCCCACCACCUUGGCCUUCACGUUCUAUAUCUAGUUCCACUGUGAUGGCAGCUCAGCCCGUUUAUCAGCAACCUGCAAAUCACUACCAGGCCCCUGCACAGUGUCUACCAGGUCAGUGGCAGUGGGGUGUUCCUCAGUCUCCUGCCUCUUCUGCUCCAUUCUUACACCUGCAACCUUCUGAGGUUAUUUAUCAACCAGUGGAAAUUGCACAGGAUGGUGGAUAUGUUCCUCCUCCGCUGUCUCUGAUGGAAGCUUCAGUUCAAGAGCCUUAUUCUGAUCAUGGAGUUCAAGCAACGUAUCACCAGGUUUAUGCUCCAAGUGCCAUUGCUAUGCCUGCACCUGUGAUGCAGCCUGAACCAAUUAAAGAACCAAGGUUACAUUCUGUGAGAAGAAGCUUUUCUCAACCUUCAUCUGUAGGUUUGAAACCUCGAUAUUCUCGAAGCCCACACUUUCAUCCUAGAAAAGAUUUCAGAGCAGAGGAUUCAAUUCUUACUCCACCUUCCUCUACUGAUUCUGUUAAGUAGAGUCUUGGAUAACUAUUUUAUCCAAUAAUAGAAAACAACGAGCCCCAUGUGUGGUCUGGUAACAAGUAUGAGGUUUUGGAUGUACUUAAGGUUAAAUGUUUUUGCUUUUUUAAGGGAAGUAAAGAAAUCUUAGUAGCCAGAACACUGGAGUUACAGAAUAAAAUCAUGGUUUCCUUUAUUAAUUCACACACACUUAAGUAACACAGACUUAUAAUCUGUAACAAAUAGAACAAAGGUUAUAUCUAUAAAACAAGUAUCUUGAUAAAGUUUGAAAAAUUUGGUCAUCAUCUGGCUAUCUUAUCAACAUGAUAAUGUCAUAUACAACCACUUAAAAACGUCUUUGGUGUUUGGAUUUUACAGUUUUAUUCCAGAUGUUUUAUAGUUUUUAGACACAGCAUGGCAUAUACAGAAUAUACAUAGCAACAAACCAUUUGUUGUAAUAAGGUAAAUUCAAAAAAACACCGUCUCGAUAAUUAGGGAGAUAAUAUGUAUAGAAGAUUCUAGCUUCCGCAGUAUUUUGUUUUCAGUGUAUCUAGGUUUGUGUAUAUUUUACUUAUAUUGUUUUUGAUAAAACAUUUCAAAUUCUAGGUUUACAUUAGAAAUUUUGCCAGAUAUUAAUAUAUAUAUAUAAUUUGUAUAUAUAAUAUCUGGAAAUCUGUCAUAUUAUGACCAUUUAUUUUAUAUUAAUUACUAUGGCCAAAGUUGAUACAAUUCUUAAAUAUACUUAAAGAUAUCUCCAUAUUUAUUUCUGGCCCUCUUGUUAUUCAUACUAGACGUAUAAGGGUUCUUAUAGCAUCUUAGCAAGUAUAAGCAUUCACUGCAUAUAUUAUGUCCGAUUCAAUACAUAUUUCUUCCUUUAACACAGUGACACUGUCAAUACUCCUUUUUAUCUUUCAUUCAGGUCUUAGUUUGUGAGGUCUUUAGACUUUAAAAACAUUAACUGUGACUAAAUAAAACUUAACCACAACAUUAUUUUUCAUCUUUUAAAUACAAAGCUUGAAAAAAACAAAAAACAAAGCUUUAUUGUCUGCUCUUACAGAAUUGGAAAGGUUUAUAAUUUAAAAAAGUAGCACAUUAAGUAGAACUUUUUAAAUUAAAAAAUGGUCAUGCCAACUUUUCUUUAAAUGCUACCUGUUUAAUAUAUAUCCCAACUUUCUUCUGCAAAAACAUUAUAUUCCUUUUAUAGAAGGUUGGGCUAAUAAUAAAGAAUAAAAAUUGUUAUAUAAGUAAGCAAUAUUUAAAUUGACUACAUGGAAAUUAUAGCAUUUAUUUAAAUUUGAUUGCACAAUGCUAGGAGUCUUAUUUUUUUCACUAUUUUAAUUUCAUGUCCACUCAAAGAACUAGAGUUGGUUUGCACUUCUGUUAGGAAAGAAAAAGAAUUAUUUAUUUUUUUAAAUUAUACUUUAAAACUUUCUUACAAUAUUAGAUAACCCAGUUAUAACUUGAGUUAAUUUUUUUUAACCCUGUCUCAUAAAGAAUAAUGAACUAUCCAUUGAUGUAUAUAUUUUUGGAGUAUAUCACCAAAAUGUUUCUGGGCUAAAAUAUUUAUGUUGAGGAAUAAAAUGUAAUAGCACAGUUAUAGAAUAAAUAAUAUAAAGAAUAUUCUGUCACAUCCAAAGGCCAGUCCACCUAUUGAGAGUAUUUUAUUUUGCUACAUUAACUUUGAAAGUAGCAUGCUGUAUGUUAAUGGUCCAGUGUUCUAUAAUUAGAGCCCUAGUCAAAAAGAUCAUAAAACAGGGCCUUCCCUGGUGGCGCAGUGGUUGGGAGUCCGCCUGCCGAUGUAGGGGACACGGGUUCGUUCCCCGG